AUGCUUCAACAAGAACCAACUCCAUCCUCAGCUAUCUUUGAAGUUUUGCCAAACGAAUUGAUCGGAGAGAUUCUCUCUCACAUUAGUCAUGUCGAAUUAAUUUUCAACACGAGCCACGUUUGUAAAUGUUGGAGAAAUUUAUGUGGUGAAUAUAUUUUGCAAGGCUAUGAAAAGACGUUUAAUUCACUAUCUGAGAAUUCUACUAGACAAGUUGAUUUGAAUGGAUUUUUAGAAUCAGUAAAUGGAAGAAAAUUCAAAAAGUACUUGUUACGAAAGGAGGCUUUUGAGUUUGCUAGUAAAUUAGCAAGGAAUUCCACCAAGUCUGUUGAUAUUAAAUCAUGUUUUGCUAUGGAGAGAUGGGUUGAUGCAGAAUUGAGUAUUUUGAAGGGAUACUUUAACAUAUUUACAGAUAUGGAAGAAUUACCAAUGUUUCCAAUAAGAAAACCUACAGUUAUUGAAUCAAAUCAAGCACCUCCAUCUAGCUUUUUUGGAAAUACUUUAUCAUUUCUUGGAUCAUUAUUUUCAAAGAGUAAUAAUACCACAAAUGUGAACCAGACAGUUACUUCUGAACAACCACCCAAAUCCGAGUUUGACUAUCUCACUAAAGUUCUUCUAGACGGUGACUAUGCAAGUGGAAAGACUUCAUUACUUAAUUGUGCAAUGAAUGAUACACCAGUUAAUGCAAGUAUGAACAGCCAUAUGACAACUAUUGGAAUUGAUUUUGCAAUUAAGAGUUUCCAUAUCGGAGAGACCACCAAAAUCAAACUUCAAUUAUGGGAUCAGUGUGGUCCAGAAAGAUUCAGGUCAAUUACAUCAGCCUAUUAUAAAAAUUCCUCAGUCAUCCUACUGCUAGUAGAUCCCAGUUCUGAGUAUUCAACAUUAGAAUCAAUGAAUCAAAAAUUGACAGCCAUCAAGGAAAAUGCACCAAAAGCAGAAGUGAUCUUAAUUACAACAAAGAAGGAUCAGAAUAAUGAGAGAUUAAUUUCAAACGAAAUAGCUGACAAGUAUGCUUUUGAGAAUUUUGGAGGGCUUCAUUUGGAUAUCACCAAUACUAACAUAGAAGAACCAUCAGCAAUUAUUUGGUAUUGUGCUAUUCUCAAGUAUUUACUUGCUCCUGGUGUUGGAAAUAAAUUGAUAUAA